CACGCGUCUCUAAACUAGGUUAUCACGUCACCACCAGUUCUAGCUUGUCAUGGUUGAAUUUUCUUUCCGUCCAUAGAUUCCUGGUUGAGCUUAGCUUGAAUGAGAAUCCUAGUAUGAACAUCGGAAGCAACUACUUUUGUCUGGUCUCAGAAUUUCAUCUACAUGAUAUGAUGAUGAAUGAACAGAGAUACCAUGGAGAUGUAGCACAGUAACAAUAAUCAAAACACGUUCUUAACCAAAUUACUGCCCGGUCUCACAAAGCAUAAUGAAUCCGAUGUUCGCAAUCAUUGGAAUUCUGGAUGUGGCCGCAUCCAUAACCUCAGCUAACAAGAAUGGCCCGGAUCACUUUCGAGCUUCAACAAUAAUUAAGCCUAGUGAAAGCCUCACAAGGAGAUGGCUGCUUCUUCAUCUCUCUCAUCUGGUGGCCGUUGGAACUAUGAUGUGUUCCUCAGUUUUAGAGGUCAGGACACUCGCAAGAUCUUUGUAGGCCAUCUCCACAAAGCUCUUGAUCUGAAAGCAAUCAACGCAUUCAUAGACUCUGAAGAUCUCUGCAAAGGCAACGACCUUUCAGAAUUGCUCAGGGCUAUUGAAGACUCUAGGCUUUCUAUCGUAGUUUUCUCCCAAAACUAUGCUUCUUCCACAUGGUGCUUGAAAGAACUGGUUAAGAUACUUGAAUGCGUGGCAGCGAAGAAGCAGGUAGUGGUGCCCAUUUUCUAUGAAGUAGAUCCAUCUGAUAUCCGCAAACUGAAGGGGAGCUUUGCCGAGGCUUUUGCGAGACAUGAGCAGGAUUAUAAUGCCAACAUGGAAGAGGUGAAUAGGUGGAAGAUUGCUCUAACUGAAGCCACCAAUUUAUCUGGUUGGGAUUCACGAAAUUACAAGGAUGAUGCUAAGUUUAUUGAAAAAAUUGUAGAAGAUAUUUCCGAAAAAUUUGUCCACAUCUCCUCCAAUAAAGUCAAUGACUUGGUUGGAAUGGAUUCCCACGUAGAAAAAAUGUGUUCACUAUUAUGUCUUGGUGGGGAUGAUGUUCGUGUUGUUGGAGUAUGCGGAAUGCCUGGUAUAGGAAAAACAACUAUUGCCAAAGCUGUUUAUGACAAACUCCUUUGUCAAUUUGAACACUAUUGCUUUCUUGAAAAUGUCAAGGACGGUUUCAAGAACAAUGGUGCAAUACACAUGCAGGAAGAACUCCUAUCUAGAAUAUUUGAGAAAAGAGUGCGCUGUCUAGGCACUUUGAGUAAAGGAUCCAAGAUGAUAAUGGAAAGGCUGAGUAAGAAAAAAGUUCUGCUUGUUCUUGAUGAUGUGGAAAACUUUGCGCAAAUUGAGGCGUUACUUGGAAACCAGCAUUCAUUUGGUGGUGGAAGUAGAAUCAUUGUAACCACUAGAGAUAUACAAUCACUCAGUGGAGUUGAUGCGAGAUAUAGUCCCAUGUUUCUAAGUGAUGAUGAAGCUCUUGAGCUCUUUAUGCAGUAUGCCUUCAGAACAAACCAACCUACAAGAGAGUAUGAUCCUCUCUCAAGGCGUGCCGUAGAAUAUGCUCAAGGUCUGCCUCUAGCACUCAAAGUUUUGGGAGCUUUUCUUGAUGACAAAAGUAUAUGUGAGUGGGAAGAUGAGCUAGAGAAAAUAAAGGAAAUCCCACAUAUAGAAAUUCAGGGUGUGCUUAAAAAAAGUUUUGAUGGCCUGGAUCCUUCACAGAAGGACAUAUUCCUAGAUAUUGCAUGUUUCUUUAGAGGAAUGGACAAAGGCUUUGUAACCAAAAUUCUGGAAAGUUGUGGCUUCUAUCCCCAUAGUGGAUUGCGAGUGCUAAUUGAUAGAGCUCUCGUAAUUAUUUCAGAUGACAACAGGCUGGAAAUGCAUGAUUUAAUAAAGGAUAUGGGUUGGGAGAUUAUCCGCCAACAAUCUAUUAAAGAGCCUGGGAAGCGCAGUAGGUUGUGGGUUUAUGAAGAUGUUGCUCGUGUGUUAACUCAAAAUAUGGCUACAGAUGCGGUUGAAUGCAUAAUGCUAGACUUGUCGAAGUCAAAGGACGUCUACAUAGAUGCUGAAGCUUUUGUUAGAAUGACGAAAUUAAGACUGCUCAGAAUCGGUUAUAACCACUCCAUAGACUUGAAUGCGAAAGAUUUUCAAUCGAAGCAGUUACACCAUCCAAGAGGCGAGUGUAAACAACAUGUAAGUGGGGACGUAAAGUUUCUUUCUCAUGACUUGAGGUAUCUCAUGUGGUAUGGAUGCCCCCUGAAGUCUUUGCCAUCCAAUUUUCACCCAAAGAAUCUUGUUGACCUUGACAUGCGUUGUAGCCAUAUUGAACAUCUUUGGGCAGAAAUCAAGUCCUUCAAAAAGCUGAAAUUUAUCAAUUUGAGUCAUUCUUAUUACCUUACUACAACUCCCAACUUCACUGAAGCAACAAAUGUGGAAACACUUGUUCUUGAAGGGUGUUCCAGUUUACUUGAUGUUAACUCAUCCAUUUCAGCUCUUAAAAACCUUGUAUUCUUGUGCCUAAGAGGAUGCAAAGAACUUAAGAGUCUUCCAAGCAGCAUUUGUUUGAAGUCUCUUAAAACCCUUGAUCUUUCUGGCUGCUCAAGUCUCGCAAAGUUUCCAGAGAUUUCAGGGAUUAUGGAGGACCUGUCAGAAAUUUAUCUAAAUGAUACUGCAAUUGAAGAAUUGCCCUCAUCAAUUGAACGACUUCAGGGGCUUGUGUUAUUACAUUUGAGAAACUGUAGAAGCCUUCUCUGUCUUCCAGACACUAUAUGUAAUCUGGUAUAUCUUAAAGAUCUCACUGUCUCUGGGUGCUCAAAGCUUUAUCAUUUGCCUGAGAACUUGGGGAAUUUAGAAUCCCUGAUGUGCCUUGAAGUAGAAGGAAGUGGUAUAAGAGAACUCCCAGUUUCUAUCUUAUGCUUGAAAAGGCUGAAAACAUUAUCAUGUGACGGAUGUACAGAAAUGACGAUGCCCUUUUCAUCAUGGUCAUCAUCAAUUGAAGAAUAUUGUAGUUACUCUGGUCUGCUGCAUCUUGAUUUAAGUGACAGUAAUCUGUGUGAAUUAUCAGAUGGUAUUGCUCAAUUGUCCUCAUUGAAAACCUUAGAGCUGCGCGGAACCAACUUGGAGAGCUUACCUGCAACUAUGAAUCAACUUCGCUGUUUGACGCGUCUUGAAUUGGAAGCUUGCAAGAGACUGAAAUCAGUACCAGAGCUUCCAUCAACCAUAAAUUACAUUGAUGCUCAUGACUGCAGCGCAUUGGCAACCGUUGCAAAACCAAAUACUCGUUGCUCUAUGAAUCUUUGCUUCACAUUUUCUAAUUGCCUCCAAAUGGUACAAACGAAUCUAUUCAGAGAUAUUGUGGAAACUCAUUCUUCUUACCAGGGUAAUUAUCAACGUCCACUAUCCUUUAAUAUGUCUCUUCCCGGAAGUGAAAUUCCUGAUUGGUUCAAUUAUCAAUGUAGGGGAUCCUCACUAACUGUACAGCUACCCCCAAAUUGGUUCGAUAAUAAGUUUUUGGGGUUUGCCAUAUGUGCUGUUAGCGACUUCAAGGUUUCUCAUAAUGAUGCAUCUGAUCUAUCCGCUCUAUGUCAUUGUGGCUUAAAAGGAAAUCAUGGUCAGUACAGUUUCAGUUUUACUUUGCUUGAUUGGGGUUUCACUACUGAGAGAAUCCUUGAGUCAGAUCAUAUGUUCCUGGCAUAUGUGCCAUGGUCUGAAUAUCGCUUCAUUGUAGAGGGAAAACUGGUCAAUGAACGGUAUUUCACUGAGGCCACAUUUGAGAUUGUAGUAGAAAAUAGAGCUGAUAGCCAUGUUUUCGGGACAGUAAAAAACCACCAUUGCAUCACAAGUUGUGGAGUUCGUUUCUUUCAUAGUAGUUGCAUGGAAGAGCAAAAUCUAAACAUCAGUGAAACCAAAUCUCAUCAUGACAGCUGUGACAGUAGGAGAGGAAAAGAGGGGGUGGGGGUGCAGUUGGAGGUAAAUCCAGCACUGGUGAUACUCCCUGAGGAAGCAUUCUCGAGAUGUGAAUGGUCUCCGAAAGCGGACCAGAGCUCAAUUAGUACAAGCGAAGUUUCAAUGGAGGAUCAGAGGAAUUCCUACAAGCGAAGAAAGAAUUCAGAGUCAUGGACAGGGGUUUCACCCACAGUUGAAGAUGGUCAGGCUUGGAAGACAUUUGGGCAGAAGGAAAUCCCCAAUGCUCCAUAUCCAAGGGAAGGUCUAGCACGGUGGUCACAACAAGUAAGAGUAACACCAGAUAUCAGGCUUGAUGAGGGGUCUCUUGAUGACGGCUUUAGCUGGAGGAAGUAUGGCCAAAAGGACAUCUUGGGAGCCAAAUAUCCGAGAGGGUAUUACAGAUGCACUAAUCGAAAUAUUCAAGGUUGUUUGGCCACAAAGCAAGUGCAACGCGCCGAUGAGGACCCAAUGAUCGUCAAAAUUACUUACCAAGGAAGGCACACUUGUACUCAAGCAGCCUCCGUUACAGUAAAUAGUCCUCCGGCCUAGAAGUAAUUCCAUCGACAUUGGGUGAUUGACCGCUUCGUAUUCGUUAUCCACCCAGUUUAGUAACUCAGUAUAGUCAAAUUGAAUUUCUGUUUUGCUACUAGUGUUUCCAGAUUUCAGGUUUUAAUUACUUUGUUUUGCUGGGUUUUGAUGUACGGGGUUUUCUAGUGUGUGGAGUUUGAGAUCGAAUGUGGGCAUUUGCAUUGUUGAUUCAAGUAUUUUCACUCACAUGGUUAUUGAAUUUGCAUUGUCCA